AUGCGACUUUACACGGCGGUGUCGAUAUCCACAUAUUUCCUAUUAGCCAGAUGUCAAUCCGACGACACUCCGCCAAGCCGAUUUCCUCAUAUUUAUCCUGGAAAGCCCAAGGGCGACUUCAGCCCAGCGUACCAAAGCUAUUAUGAAGUAACGGAUCCACUUCCCAACAUUACUUUUGAUGUUGGGCGUAUGUUUGCGGGGAAUCUCCCUGUACAACGCGCUGGUCAUCCUAACGACACAUUCUUCUUCUGGGCGUUUGAGAAGCAGAAUGGCUCCUUGACCGCCAACGCGAGCACCGAUCCUUGGGGUAUUUGGCUCAAUGGCGGACCUGGGUCCUCCAGUAUGUAUGGCGCUCUCUUCGAAAAUGGACCUAUCCGCAUCAAUUCCGACUACACCAUCUCUCAAAACAACUUCAGCUGGAAUAAAGUUGCCGAUUAUAUCUGGAUAGAUCAACCAGUUGGCAUCGGUUUCUCAACGGCCGACACAACUGGAUACAUUGAUAGUGAAGAAACAAUGGCAAAAGACUUCUUCGGCUUCUUAUCCAACCUCGUCAAAGUGUUCCCUAGUCUUGCGACAAGACCUCUCCAUCUCACAGGCGAAAGUUAUGCUGGCACAUUUAUACCAUAUAUCCUCAAAGAGUACUUCAGCUUGGCUAAUCCUCCUGUUACCAUCGCGGCUAUUGCCAUUGGUGACGGCUCAAUUGCGACUGAGCAAGUCUUUGAGCUACUGCCCGCAUUGACCGUCAUCGAGACAUAUCCUCAAAUCAUCGGAUAUGACACCGAAGUAUUCGAGUACUUCAAAGAACAAUCACAUCUUUGUGGCUACGAUCUCAAUCUCACGUACCCUCAGAAUGGCACAUUCCCUCCCAUUCCCGUCGUCCAGCCUAUUCAACGCACCAUUCCAUUCCUGCAGAGCACGAGGUUCCACUCCGACCAAGUGAUGCAGGCGAAACGCGACAUUCCAUCAAGGCGUUCCAUCAUGUCCUCCAAGCGAGCCUUGAAGGAUGAGAUCCAGAGACGCUACGACGAAGAUGGAGUCAAUGUAGGAACAAGUAUCCAGAAGCGAGACCGCGAGAUGAAAAGGAUGGCGUGGAAGAGGGAUCUUACUGGGCGGGCUAACGGCACGAUUGAUCCCUGGUAUGGCUGCUUCUUGUUCGACGAAUUCAUGGAUUACGCAAAGAACUUCACGUUCCCCUGGAGCGAGAAUGACGAUCCAAAUGACAUCGGUUUUGGUAUUUACGACGUUCCUGACGCUCUAUCCCCCGCUGCGCGGAGAGACGCAUCUGUAUUCCUUAACGACAAGCGUACGCGAGCUGCCCUUCAUGCCCCAACGACUUUCGACUGGGUAUUGACCUUCCCAUUUCCCUUCGGAGAGCUCACUUUCGACCCCAGCCCUGAGCCCAUGGUUUUCCUUACCGACCUUGCUACGAAUGCAACGGCAAAGAACGUUUCGGUUAUUCUAUUCUCGGGUAAUGAUGAUGUCUUAGUCUCUCAUCUGGGCACAGAAAUUACGAUUCAAAACACGACAUUUGGAGGCAUACAGGGCUUUACACGCAAGCCUUCUACGCCAUGGCAUGACGACAGCGGAAACUUCGCAGGUAUCAUUCGCCAGGAACGUGGAUGGACGUAUGUUUUGUUCGAUGGUGCAGGGCAUAUGGUUCCCAUCAAGAAACCCCAAGCGGCGUUCACGUUUGUACGGGAGUUCGUCUUCGGGAACAAUCAGACAGGGCUUGUAGAGUCAUCAUCGUCGGUGGUGGGCGGCGAGGACCCAGCUCUAGCAGCGGAUGUCCUACCCGGCCAAAAGGAAAUUUACGUGGGCAAAGUGACAACCAGUUCAACCUUCGUCUUCCCUUCAGCCACUAUCGCCGCAUGGGACAGUUUCAUGGCUGCGCAGACAUCGCCGCCGGCUUUGAAAGCUACAGCAAAUAAUAACGCUGCGCAAACGUCGAGGAUACCGCUGAGCUUGGGAGUUUGGGCGGGAUUUGCGUCUCUUGGGCUUUUAUUCGUUUUGUAG